AUGUGGAAGCUCAACAUAGCAGAAGGUGCUAACGAUCCAUAUCUAUUCAGCACAAACAACUUUGUGGGAAGACAGACAUGGGAGUAUGAUCCUGAAGCAGGUACUGAGCAAGAAAGAGCUCAGGUUGAAGAAGCUCGUCGCAAUUUCUACAAGAACCGCUUCCAGGUUAAGCCAUGUGGUGAUCUUCUAUGGCGUUUUCAGGUUCUUAGAGAAAACAAGUUCAAGCAAACAAUAGACAGCGUAAAGAUAGAAGAUGGAGAAGAAAUAACAUAUGAAAAAACUACAACAACAUUGAGAAGAGGCACACAUCACUUAGCUGCAUUGCAAACUAGUGAUGGUCAUUGGCCUGCUCAAAUUGCAGGUCCUUUGUUUUUUAUGCCUCCCUUGGUUUUUUGUGUCUACAUUACUGGACAUCUUGAUUCAGUAUUUCCACAAGAGUAUCGCAAAGAGAUUCUUCUUUAUAUAUAUUAUCAUCAGAAUGAAGAUGGAGGGUGGGGGCUUCACAUUGAGGGUCAUAGCACCAUGUUUUGUACUGCACUCAACUAUAUAUGCAUGCGCAUUCUUGGAGAAGGGCCUGAUGGUGGUCAAGACAAUGCUUGUGUUCGAGCAAGAAAUUGGAUUCGACAACACGGUGGUGUCACGCAUAUACCUUCAUGGGGAAAAACUUGGCUUUCGAUACUUGGUGUAUUUGAUUGGUUGGGAAGUAACCCAAUGCCCCCUGAAUUUUGGAUCCUUCCUUCCUUUCUUCCUAUGCAUCCAGCUAAAAUGUGGUGUUAUUGUCGAUUGGUAUACAUGCCUAUGUCGUAUUUGUAUGGAAAAAGAUUUGUCGGUCCUAUCACACCGCUCAUUUUACAAUUGCGAGAAGAACUCCAUACUCAACCAUAUGAAAAGAUUAAUUGGACGAAAACACGUCAUCUUUGUGCAAAGGAAGAUAUUUACUAUCCUCAUCCUUUGAUACAAGAUUUGAUAUGGGAUAGCUUGUAUAUUUUCACGGAGCCACUUUUGACUCGUUGGCCUUUCAAUAAAUUGGUUAGGAAAAGAGCCCUUGAAGUAACAAUGAAGCAUAUCCACUACGAGGAUGAAAAUAGUCGAUACCUAACUAUUGGAUGUGUGGAAAAGGUUUUAUGUAUGCUUGCUUGUUGGGUGGAUGACCCAAAUGGAGAUGCUUUCAAGAAGCAUCUAGCAAGAGUUCCAGAUUACUUGUGGAUAUCUGAAGAUGGAAUGACAAUGCAGAGUUUUGGUAGUCAAGAAUGGGAUGCUGGUUUUGCCGUUCAAGCUUUGCUUGCCACCAAUCUAAUUGAGGAAAUCAAACCCACACUUGCAAAAGGACAUGAUUUCAUCAAAAAGUCUCAGGUUACAGAGAAUCCUUCUGGAGAUUUUAAGAGUAUGCAUCGUCAUAUUUCUAAAGGCUCAUGGACCUUCUCUGAUCAAGACCAUGGGUGGCAAGUUUCUGAUUGCACCGCAGAAGGUUUAAAGUGUUGUCUACUUUUAUCAUUGUUGCCUUCAGAAAUUGUGGGGGAAAAGAUGGAACCAGAAAGGUUGUUUGAUUCUGUUAAUCUCUUAUUGUCGCUUCAAAGUAAAAAAGGAGGUUUGGCAGCCUGGGAGCCGGCGGGCGCUCAAGAAUGGUUAGAACUACUCAAUCCUACAGAAUUUUUUGCGGACAUUGUAGUUGAGCAUGAAUAUGUUGAGUGCACAGGAUCAGCAAUCCAAGCUUUAGUUUUGUUCAAGAAGUUAUAUCCCGGUCAUAGGAAGAAAGAGAUAGAAAAUUUCAUUUUCAAUGCAGUUCGAUUCCUUGAAGAUACGCAAACAGAUGAUGGUUCAUGGUAUGGAAACUGGGGAGUUUGCUUUACUUAUGGCUCUUGGUUCGCUCUUGGUGGUUUAGCAGCGGCUGGAAAGACUUAUACCAAUUCUGCUGCUAUUCGUAGAGGUGUUCAUUUUCUUCUUACAACACAGAGAGACGACGGCGGCUGGGGGGAAAGCUAUCUUUCAAGCCCAAAAAAGAUAUAUGUACCUCUGGAAGGAAAUCGGUCAAAUGUCGUACAUACUUCAUGGGCUCUUAUGGGUUUAAUUCAUGCCGGCCAGUCAGAGAGAGAUCCCACUCCUCUUCAUCGUGCAGCAAAGUUGCUCAUUAAUUCUCAGUUAGAAGAAGGCGAUUGGCCUCAACAGGAAAUCACAGGAGUAUUCAUGAAAAACUGCAUGUUGCAUUAUCCAAUGUAUAGAGAUAUUUAUCCACUAUGGGCUCUAGCUGAGUAUCGUAGACGAGUUCCUUUGCCUUGA